AUGAACUUCUCAGCAGGAGAAAGCAACUUUACUGUUGUCCUGAAGGAGCGUGACACGUUUGAAACAGCCUUGACCAAGAACAUCAUUGUGGUGGCUCUCUGUCUCUCCAUCAACUACAUCAACAGCAUGUUGGUCCACACCUUUACAAAACAUCAGAUGUUCAAAACCAACCCUCGCUACAUCCUGUUCAUCCACCUGGUGGUUAACGACAUUCUACAGCUGACCUUGGCAUGCCUCCUCCAUGUCCUCAGCUACAUCCCGUUCACCCUGAAUGUGUCCUUCUGCUGCUUCCUAUUGGUCACCGCAAUCUUCACAACCUUCAACACACCUGUCAAUCUAGCCACCAUGGCUAUAGAGCGCUACAUCGCUGUCUGCAUCCCGCUGCGCCACGCCCAGAUCUGCACCGUCCAACGCACCUACAUCACCAUUAGUCUGAUCUGGGUCUUGACUGCCCUCCCUAUCCUGCCAGAUGUUUUCAUCCUAGUUGCUAAUGAACCCAUCAGCUUCUUCAGCUCCAGGAUUUUCUGCCAUCUAGAAAACCUCUUCCGGUACCCAUUCAUGAUUGAGAGGAAUAAUGCUUCUCUUCACGUCUUCCUGGCACUGGUGUGGCUCACUCUGCUUUACACCUACUUAAGCAUCAUGUUUGCAGCGCGAGCCGCGAGUGGCGAUGCCAGGAAGGCCAGAAACACCAUCCUGUUGCAUGGCCUGCAGCUCCUCCUGUGUAUGUUAACCUACGUGCACUCCCUUCUGCAGUCAAGACUACUCCAGAUCUUUCCAACCAAACUGCUUGACAUCAGAUUUGCCUCUUAUGUGAUCGUGCAGAUCAUCCCACGCUUCAUCAGCCCCAUCGUGUACGGGUUGAGGGACCAGACCUUCCGGAAGCAUCUCAUCGGUUAUCUGCUGUGCAGGGUGAAUGCCAGCACCUACCCAAAUAAUGACACUCUCUUUAAGAUGAGUGGCAGAGAGAAAAGGCUUCUGUAA